AUUAUUAACUACCGCCCUUAUUUACUGUCUGCAGGGUGACCGAACCGCCUCGACUGUUACGAAACAUUGGGCCCAUUCAUAAAACAGACCGGUUCACGGAUUGAGGCACGCAGUAGUCGAAGAAGUCCUAUAAUGCGCGUACCUUUGGGUACCCGACGGAGCUUGCUAACUAAAGCAUAUCAUUGGGGAAAAUAAUUCAUUCCGGUCCAAACUUUCUUUCGUACGGGUUUUCUUUUUUGCUAUUUUAGCAAUGACACGCAUCAGUUCGAUCGGUUCGGCCGCCCGUAGUACGCAUGUCAUGUGGGGCACGCUUCAUACUCCUGGCAUACGGCUCCUGGCAGAGAGAUGGUUGGUGUGCCGCCAUGAGUUUGUGUCGGUCGGUAAAUGCUCCACUGGCAUCCCUAUUCUUUACUUCGCAAGACCGUUCACCACCACCAUCGAUACGUCAGAGCUUCCAUUUAGGAAAGCUCCGAUCCAUUUUGGGGGAUGUAUUCGUAAAGUACUGGCCACGUCCAGAGCUUUCCAUCCAUCACCGCCUUUGCGUGUGUGUGUGACGCUUUUCCUCACGACGAGCAGCAUCAACAGCGAAUGCGCAAUGCUGGUUGAAAGCACUUGAAAGCUCGCUAGCAUAAAUUGCGUGCGGAAAGGACGAAACAGGACACGGGAAGAAUGCCGAUGGUGCUUGCCUUAUGCGAGUGAGCUUAUUCGUUCUUCGGACUUCUGUUGAAACAGACCAAAGUCGGUUGUUCGGUUUUGUCACAAAACGUGGUGUAGCUGGUUGGUGUUCAGUGGACAGAAGCAAUUUCCCGUAUCUCUCCUCACCAGUCGCAUCCGGAUUCGAUCGCCACGUGAACAUGUUUUCCGGAUUAACGAAUCAAGUGACCUCGUGGAUUGGGGCGGCCAAGGGCGAACCGCAGGACGAGGAAGUCCCGACACCCCCGAACUCGGCCGCAACCACUGCGACAGCGACGACUUCCGGCGCUACAGCCGCCGCCACCGCCGCAUCAACGACUGCAGCAGCUGCAGAUGCAACUGGCGUAGCAGCAGCGGGUGGAGACGGUGGUGACAAAAGCCCAACCAAAGGCGGUGUAUUUUCUGGCGUGUCGUCGAAGGUAACGGGAUGGCUUGGCAACGCGUCGAUCCCCUCGAUGCCAGCAAUACCGACGGUUUCGAUGCCCGCCAUGCCAGCGAUGCCUUCGAUGCCCUCGAUCCCGGGACUGCGCAAGGCGAACCAGACAGACGAGAACGGUGGCAUCACGAACGAGGGUCUGGUCACGUCGCCCGAGAAGGCUAGUCAAGGUAUUGCCGGCUCGACGGAUGCUGCCGAUGAGGAGGACCGGUCAAGGUAUAUUAGCAGACCGCAGGAAAGUGCCACGGGAGGAGCUGAUUCACGUCCCGCUACCGGCCCCGGAACACCAACCGAGGAAAAUGCUGGACAGAUUGGACAGGUUACACAUAAAGUUACUGCUGGUGCUAAAUCGAUUGGCUCAUUCCUGUACUCUUCGUUCAAUAAAGCUGGUGAUAAGAUCAAGCAUCUAAAAGAUAACAGUAUUCUGGGUGAAUUCAGCAAGGAACAGGAAGCAUUUAUCAAAAAUCAACAAGGCGGUGGAGCUGCCGGUGUGUGUCCGUGGACUGGUCACGCUAACGAGGCAAAGAUCAAGGAAGAAAUUCUCAGUUUGUCUGCUGAUCGCCGAAAUUUCGUCCGAGCACCGCCGGCAGGUGUUGAGUUUGAUUUUGACUACGACUCGUCAUACCCGGUAGCAUUGGCCAUUAUGAACGAUGAUAAGGAACUGGAAAAGAUGCGAUUCGAGUUGGUUCCCAAAAUUAUCACGGAAGAAAGCUUCUGGCGUAACUACUUCUAUCGCGUAUCCCUGAUAUGUCAAGCGGCCGACUUGGGUACAUUGGGCGAUAAUAACGAGUUCGUUAAACGGGGCGCCAGUGAAGAUACGGAGGCCUAAAGAAGUAUAUAGAAGUACGAUACAAAAAAACCGUAAAUGCUACCGUAAUCGCACUUACUCUUUAUUGUAAAGGAUGGUGAAGUAUCUCAAUACGAGCAAGAAAACCACAGCAUCUCUUAUAUUACACGUUACAGAACUACACGUUGUACGAUAUAGAAAGACUAAUGCGGAAAGGCGCAGAAAGGGAGAAACGGUUACGAGCAGGCAAAAUGGCAAACGGCAAAGUAAAAGACAUACAACUGGAACUGGUGCAUAAUACUGAAUCUUCUUCUUCGUCAACUCGAAACAGUAGAUGCAGAACAACUUACAGUAUCUAUGUUUUCGCAGGCGCGCCUAGACAAACAGAAACUCGGAACGGAAGUAUAAACGGGCAUUUGUCUGGGCAAUUGCGAACCUAUUUAAAAUUAUUAAAAUACAAACCAACAGCAACAUAUGCGAACCGAAAGGACUAACCGUGAACCGGGUAACGGCGUGCGCGGAUAAAAUGUUAAUAAUAUAUGAGAUAACAAAUUAUACACGCCACUGCAAUGUAUAUCGAUAUCGAGUGGUCAAACAUAUUGAAAUUAAACCAAAAAAUCUGAAGAAGAGCAGCGCACUUCACUACAAGGAGCAACAUGGAAAUAUUUUGUUGGCCGCAGGGAAGACUUAAGCCACACAAACACACACAUACACACACCCACUUAAAUCAUGAUUAAAAGAGAGAUGGCGAAAGAAGAACACUAAAUAAACCCACGUUUAAGCUAAUUAUACACGCGGUAGUCAGCCAGUCAGUUGAGUGGCGGAAAAUUCUUGUCGGGGUCCGUCACCACUAACCUUCCCGAAGCAAACGAAACACUCACACAACUAAACACACACAGACACACACACAUAUUAUAUUAUCGGAAUCAAUUAGUAACAAUUUCACGACAAAGACAAUUAAUGCACGUAAUGCAGGACACACUGAAAGACAAAGGAAAACCAACCCUCGAACACGAAUCUCCUUUACAAAAAAGAGACGUGCCCAGUAUAAAUAAAUUUACCAAACAUCGACCUGUACUUACGUUAGUUAUCUAGCUAUGAUAAUCUGUUUAAAAGUGAAACAUUAACGACAAAGCAGAAGCAGAAGCGAAACGAAAAAAGCAACCAUAUAGAGCAAAUGGGCGGGAAAAAAAAUAGGACAUGAUGAGGAAAGGGAGCGGAUCUUAUAUCGAGUAAAAUCAGAGUAUUUAUUGUUGUUGUUUCCCAGUGCUUAGAGUAAAUCUUUAUGUGAGAGAAUACGUGGAACGUAGCAGAAGUCACACAUCACAAACAAUGCCAGUCCCCUCCCCCCGGUUUUUACAUGCAAUCUUCAUCGCGAAUAUGAGCAUGAUCAAGCGAAUAGCAAAGACACACAAACACACAAAAUUGGGACUAAUCAAACCCAUUCGAUCAAAUCUCAACACUAAAACGAAGAACAAGGUGAGGCCAUGUAGAGGUUGCGGCAGGAAAAAAAAUGCAUCGCAUGUCUUGAAAGUCCUUAAAAACAGCUAGGACAGGUCUUCCUAGUCCUCCGAUGAGGAUUGCCACUUGGUGUGGACACUUCAGAGUUUCCUCACUAAGGUUACAUGUUUUGGAUGGAUUGUUUUUCAGCAUAUCCGGAAAUCCAGAGAUCUCAUUUGAAACUUUCCCUCGAACGAACGACUGACUGUCCAGCUACAAGUCAGGGAAGAAUGGAUCAAGAAAGGCAGAAAUGUAAUAGGCCAAUACCGAGAUAUAGUGUCAAAGACACUGCGACAACCUCGAGAUGUAGUGACUACAUCAGAGACUACCUUGAGUUGUAGUGUCAAAGUAAAAGAGUUAGAAGAGAUGAUUCUGGACUGCUAGGCGACCACAAUCCUUUAGGUCGAAUUUGACAUAUGACAAGGGACUCGGUCCUGUUCCAGAACAACGUCAUGAUUUUCAACUAAUUUUGCUAUCUCAAGGCCAAGGAUCUGGCCCUUGGAAAUACCGAUAUGGACCUUGAAGUUCAUGCCAAUGACUGAUUCAGAUGGCAUUUUUAAGUCAUAGUUUAAGUCAGGCUUGCCUGGUGAAAUGAAGCGAUCUGUGAAAAUAGCGAUCUGGGCUAUUGUAAGCAGCAUCGGCCAUGAACAGCUUUUUGUCAAAGCAUAGGAUUCUACUACUUCCAAGAAUCCAAGGAUAGAUCUUUAUUCUUCUCUGUUGGGCGUUUCGUUUGUGGCUCUGAAAGUUGUAGUCCUAGAAGAAGCCUUCCUUGGUGAUUUACUCUUCGCAUUUUUUCAGAGACGUUGAGACGCAUGCUCGGUCCUAGGACCUCUUCAUGCCAACCCUUCAUUCCUUGGGACAUUUUUAGCCCGAUAAGUUGUGGCCAAAAGUCAUUGACAAUAUUUUUCGCCUGCCGCCCUGUACGAGUAUGAACCAACAACAUUUCAACACUAAAACAAAGAACACGCAAUUACACACACACAAACACGCGCGCGCUCUUCACUUCAAUAAGUGUUCCUUGCUGUCUAGGUGUGACUUGCUGUCCUUCUUACUUCUUCGUAACGUUUCCGGCCGUGCAGGCAUGGAAAGGGUGUUGCGUGCCGAUUAGUGUCUCUGUGUCUGUCAGUCAUGAUCAUAAUCUUGCCAUAUUUGCUGAAACGUUUCCCAUCGCGAACGAUCGUCGAUACGUUAUUUCGUUAACUGGGGUAUGGAAUGGAGGAAAGAUGGAGUUAGCUGUUGCGUUACAAUACGUUGAAACUAAAACUUUAAAUCAAUCAAUGCGUUCAAAGUUCAAUUAGUUCGUGAUUCAUGAAAGGGCUGUGGAUUUUAAUGGUAUCGCAAAACCAUAAUGUUGUUGAUGAAUGAUGGUGUCAUUUGUGGCUUUUGCUUUAAAAUCGAUCGAAUGCUUUAUUACCUUCGUUAUCUCAUGACCCACCGAAAAGACAUUACAUUCCCAACAUGGCACCGUUAUCAUUCCCUCACACUUGUUUCGAAUCCUGCCCAUCACGUUUUGUAUUGUUACAACCUAAUUAAAGCAGUACUUCAACUCUACAAUGGGUGAUGUGUGUUACGUUUUUAAAUGAUUGAAUUGUCGGACAGUAUUGGCCGGGAACCGGGAGAAAGCGAAACAAAAACAAACAAACAAAACAAACAAAAAUCUGUAGCAAUAAGAAAUAUGUAUAUGGAUGUUAAAGUUGAUCUUCCAUUUUUCCAUGUAAAGCAUACUCACCAUUCUCCACGCUUAUGCCUCCACUCAGCAUAGAGCAGUAAUAUCACUAUCAAACCAGAAUCACUCAUCGGUGCUGUACCGUGCUAGUUUGUGUUGUUUGUUUGUGUUGCGUUAUUCUAUGCCCAGACUAAUUACAAAACAAGAGUGUCAGCCUAGAGAAUCAUUCCACAACGAAAUGAUAAGGCCCGAAGGAUUCGUGUAGUAUAUUUGCGUUGCCAUUUGCUUCAAGCAAUGUCCCCUAACCUUAAUGGCGCAACGCGACAAAAGGGUAUGGGUAUUGGAAAUCAAUCCAACAACAUAAAACCCCCCGGGGAAAAAAGGUGCAGCACAUUGCAAAACAAAUCCCAGCCACGAAACCCACAUCAAAGCAGGCAUGUUACAGAGUAAUAUCAGCACAGCAGCGAAAGCAGAGCCAGUAUUCUUACCAUAAACGCUAGUAUAUGAAGAGAUAAAUCAGAGUUUUCGAUGUUAUGCAUUUGCGUUGAUUCUAUUACCCUAGACCAGUAUAUUUGCACUUAAUGAAUGCGCAACUGCAGCAAAAAGAAAAAGAAAAAACAAACGCGCCAUAAUAAUUAUCAUGAGAAUGGCACAUCGGAGCGAGGUUCGGCUUCCCGAUGUUGCCGGAUCUGGCAUCCUUCGGCCUGCAGGCCAGAGCAGCCCGUGUCCAGCAAACCAGCAUCCCUCUGUGCAACGUCUGCUGCGCGAGGCGUGGCCCAGCAGCGGGAUCCGCCAUCGAUGCCAACAACGAUGAGGGAAUGAUGCAACCGAACGGGGAUCGAACGGAACCGCGCUUCGUAGAUAUUGGUUUUAAGGAGCAUAGCAGCAGCAGCAGGCAAGAAAAAACGAAAAAAGGAUGUAAAAAAGCUACAGAGAUAUGACAAUACAACCGAAAACGUGAUGCAACAUUAAAACAAAACGAUGUGCGAAACCAAAGGAUAAGAAGAGAAAACGAAAAAAAAACAACAACAUAUAUUUAAACGUAACGAACACAACAAAAAAAGAAAACAAAGUAAGAAAAAAAACAUCAAGUAUGUGAAAUGGAGUUCACCAGCAAAAACAAAAAAAUAUCUAAUUCUCCUUACCCCCUCAAAAGCAAAAAAAAAA